AGAGCGAGAGGAAGGAAUAUGGUUUCAUCAGACGCUCCUCCCGUUUCAGCGCUGCUUUAGCGGAGCUAUACGAGCAGGAGGUUGAGGCUCGGUCCGGCACAAACCUCUCACAACUACCUUUCCCCGUUACCGACCAGCCUGCAGGAGCACUACCGGCACACCGGGACACAUAAAUGGUGGAGGCCGUGGUGGAGUUCGACUAUGAGGCUCAGCAGGAUGAUGAGUUGGGCCUGACGGUGGGCGACAUCGUCGUGAACAUACGGCGGGACGAUGGAGGAUGGUGGGAGGGCGAGCUGGGCGGACGCAGGGGCCUGUUCCCGGAUAACUUUGUCAGGGAGAUCAAGAAAGAGGGGAAGAGGGAUGGAGGACAGGCGAGCAUGAUCAGAUCUGACCUCUCCAAUGGGAGAGCCAGUCCCGUGUCUGACCCCGGCGUACGAUCGGGCAGGAAAGUAGAGCAGAUCCGUAAGCGGAGAUGUAAAGCGGCGUUCAGCUACGCGCCUCAGCAUGAAGACGAGCUCGAGUUGAAAAUAGGAGAUGUCAUCGAGAUCAUAUCAGAGGUGGAGGAGGGCUGGUGGGAGGGAUUUGUAAAUGGGAAGACUGGAAUGUUCCCCUCCAAUUUCACCAAAGUUGUCCAGACUGAGUCGGAAACGUCCUCCUUGGACACAUCGCAGGAGGAGCUGCACAGCACACGCACCAGUAAGGACAGCCCAGGCAGUGAGAGUGAUGGAGGCGACAGUCGGUCAGAGACGGGGUCAGGAGAAAUCCAGCCCAAGAAGGUCCGAGGGUUUGGCUUUGGUGACAUCUUCAAAGACCAGCCCAUCAGGCUCAGACCACGCUCCAUGGAAGUGGACUCAGAGGGGGACAAGGUCAACGAGGGGAAAGCAGCGAGCGUUCAGCCGGAGACCAUGAAGACUGAACCUGAUGGCAAAGCCAAAGGGCGGGAGCUAUGUAAAGUCCUCUUUCCAUAUGAAGGACAAAACGAAGACGAGCUGUCACUAAAAGAGGGAGAAAUCAUCAACAUCAUCAGCAAGGAGUGUGCUGACGCGGGCUGGUGGAAGGGGGAGAUCGGGGGACGGCAAGGUGUCUUUCCAGAUAACUUUGUCAAGCUGCUCGACGUGGAUAAAGAGAGACCAAAGAAACCGCCUCCUCCCAGUGCACCUUCAGCUAAACACACCACAGAGAGAAAGUCGGAGGUCAAGAAGGUUCCUCCCGAGCGACCUGAGCACCUGCCACAGAGAGACCAGGAUCGAGGUGUAGGUGAAGAAGUGAAGCUUGGAGACAUCCCCAAGCCCUCCCUCCCAUCUACCCUUCCCAAGAAACCCCUCCCCCCAAAGACAAGCACCUCCUCUUCCUCACAACCCCCGCGGCGUCCUGAGAGACCGCCCACUCUAGCGUGUGAAAGCCCCAAGUCAGAGGGCGGGGCUUCGACACCAGAUUCUGCCCCUGACAGGUCACAUGACGCUGAUGUGGACCUCAACGUGGUGGUGGCGUCAACAGAGAAGCUGAGUCAUCCUACGGCGACGCGGCCGAGAGUCACAGACCGCCGGCCUCGAUCACAGAUCUUCACACCAUCUUCCCUGUCCAGUAUCGACCUGGACUCCCCUACAGUGAUGGACAGGAAGCAGAAGGAGGAGCCGGAGUCGGUCCCCUGCAGACCUGUAGAAGUUUCCAUGAGGAAAGGAGUCCCCACCGUCCCUGUACCUGACAGUAAAGUCCCACUGCCCACCAAGCCCUCUGUCCUGACCCUGCCGAACGCCGGCCAUCGCCCCGCGUCCCCGUCUUCCUCCUCGGGUCUGAGCCCCUCCCCCGAGCUCAGGCAUUCACCUCUGACCCCCCCGACACUGGAGGAACUCAGGAACCAGCUGAGGGACCUGAGGUCCUCCAUAGAACUGCUGAAGAGCCAGCACAGGCAAGAGAUGAAGCAGUUGACCAACGCGCUGGAUGACGAGAGGAAGAUUCGUGUUAGUUUACAGAUGGAAGUAGAGCACAUAAGGAAGAGCCUGUCGAAAUGAAGACUGAAGCAUCCUCUUAUCGCCACAUCGGCGUCAACAUUUGAACAUUCUCACUGUUGGCCGAGACACUUCAGCCAAAACAAAGUUUGUGCCAAAUGAUCGUCAGGAUCAACAUCAGCGACAAUACAGUACCAUGGAACCAUCCACCUUCCUUCCCCCUCCUCUGACGUCGCCUUAUCCAGCGUUUACUUCUUUAUUUGUUUUUUUAUUUUAAAGAGGCUUCUCUUCUUAAGUUUACUGCUAUCUUGUCAAAGCUUGCUGUGCCACCGGUACUCAGAACGAUGACACAGAGGCUUCCGUGGCGACCUCGCUGGUACUUCUGGAGACUCAACCUUCGUAGCCCGGUUGGUUCAGACAACCUCUGUGCUGGUCUGUGUCCACUCUGUGGCCUUCACCGUGUGUGUGUGUGUGUGUGUGUGUGUGUGUGUGUGUGUGUGUGUGUGUGUGUGUGUGUGUGUGUGUGUGU